CUGAAAGAAAGGGAAAGAAGAAGGGGGCAGGCUGUGUGUGUACGAGUCGGUGCUCUCAUUCAUGCGGAGGUUCUAGCAGUCCCCGUCGCCAGCGACACAUCGUCCUCGGAACAGAGAGUUCUCUCAGACUAGUUGGAAGGGUUGUGACCCUGUUCGGAAGCAGCCAACAUGGCAGAAGCUCACCAGGCGGUGGCCUUUCAGUUCACCGUCUCCCCCGAUGGCAUCGACCUCCAGCUGUGCCACGAGGCGCUGCGCCAGAUCUACCUCUCUGGCCUCCACUCCUGGAAGAAAAGGUUCAUUCGCUUCAAGAAUGGGGUGAUGACCGGUGUGUACCCAGGCAGCCCUGGUGGGUUCAUGGUAGUGGUUGUGUCCUACAUGUCCUACAAUAAGUAUCAACAGCUGGAUCCCUCUCUGGGCUUGAUUUCCAAGCUGGGUCAACACAUGCCCAUCAGUCGAUACAUGUCCACUGACAGCCAGAAGAUAGUUGGAGGUGUUCUGGUGGGCACAGGCCUGUGGGUCUCCAUAAUCAUGAUUAUGAGGAGUGUCCUAAAGUCCCUGUUGUCGUGGCACGGCUGGAUGUACACCAGCCACGGCUCUGUGGCCUGGUCCACUCGUCUGUGGAUGGUAUUGGUGAAGGUGUUCUCUGGCAGGAAGCCAAUGCUCUACAGUUUCCAGAAUUCCCUGCCGAGACUCCCUGUUCCUUCCAUCAAGGACACCUGCAAAAGGUACCUGGAGUCAGUGCGUCCACUGAUGGAGGACGAGCGGUACCAGCGCAUGGAGGGCUUGACCAAAGACUUUGAGAAGAAUCUAGGACCCAGACUGCAGUGGUACCUCAAACUCAAGUCCUGGUGGGCCUCCAACUAUGUCAGUGAUUGGUGGGAAGAGUAUAUUUACCUUCGAGGCCGUGGGCCCAUCAUGGUCAACAGCAACUAUUAUGCCAUGGAUUUCCUGUACGUGUUCCCCACCUCUAUCCAGGCUGCCCGAGCAGGGAACGCCAUCCAUGCCAUCAUGCUCUACAGGAGAAAACUGGACCGAGCCCAGAUCAAACCAAUUUACUUGCUGGCGAACAAGGUUCCUCUGUGUUCGGCUCAAUGGGAGCCGAUGUUUAACACCACCCGCGUUCCUGGUUUGGAGACAGACAUCCUUCAGCAUGUGAACGACAGCAAACACAUUGCCGUGUACCACAAGGGCCGUUUCUUCAAGGUGUGGAUGUUUUAUGACGGGCGGUUGCUGUUGCCACGGGAGAUCGAGCAGCAGAUGGCGAGGAUCUUGGCCGACACCACUGAGCCAAUGCCGGGAGAGGAGAAACUAGCUGCACUCACCGCAGGGGACAGGACCCCAUGGGCCAACGCCAGAGAAACCUACUUCAGUCGUGGUAAGAACAAGCAAUCUCUAGACGCCAUCGAGAAGGCGGCCUUUUGCGUGACCCUUGAUGACACCGAGCAGCGCUUUGAAUCAGACAACCCGGACCAGUCUCUGGUCAGCUACGCAAAGUCCCUCCUCCACGGAAAGUGCUACGACAGAUGGUUCGAUAAAUCCUUUAACCUGAUCAUUUUUAAGAACGGUACCAUGGGACUGAAUGCGGAGCAUUCCUGGGCGGAUGCUCCAAUCGUCGGACAUCUCUGGGAGCAUGUUCUUUCCAUGGACCCUAUUAAGUUGGGAUACACUGAGGCAGGUCACUGCAAAGGGGAACCCCACCCCAACCUGCCUGGUCCUCAGAAGCUGUCGUGGGACAUCCCGGCUGAGUGCCAGGAGGUCAUCCAGAGCUCUCUGAAAGUAGCCAGGACUCUGGCUGAUGACGUGGACUCUCACAUCAUGCCCUUCAGUGACUUUGGCAAAGGUCUGAUAAAGAAGUGCCGCACCAGUCCUGAUGCCUUCAUCCAGAUCGCCCUGCAGCUGGCCCAUUACAGGGACAAGAAGAAGUUCUGUCUGACCUACGAGGCCUCUAUGACGCGUCUGUUCCGCGAGGGCCGGACGGAAACCGUGCGCUCCUGCACGUCAGAGUCGUGUGCCUUCGUCCGUGCCAUGAUCAAAGGAGAGACCAGAGACGAGUGUCUCAGACUGCUCAAACUGGCCUCGGAGAAGCACCAAAGCAUGUACCGCCUGGCAAUGACCGGAGAGGGCAUCGAUCGCCACCUUUUCUGCCUCUAUGUGGUGUCCAAAUACCUCGGCGAGGACUCACCCUUCCUCAAGGAGGUCCUGUCUGAGCCGUGGAGGCUGUCCACCAGUCAGACGCCCUUGCAGCAAGUGGAACUGUUCGAUCUGGUCAGACACCCCGAGUAUGUGUCUGCUGGAGGAGGAUUCGGUCCAGUGGCUGAUGAUGGUUACGGGGUCUCUUACAUCAUCCUUGGGGAGAACCUGAUCAACUUCCACAUCUCCAGCAAACACUCAAGCCCCGAAACCGACUCUCACCGUUUCGGCGGCCACAUCCGACAGGCCAUGCUCGACAUAAAGGGUCUCUUCCAGCUUGAAAAGAAAACCCAGUGAUCAGCCCUCUCCAUGCGUGGAGACGACAUAAGUAGUUUUUAGCAAGGAAUCUAUUCUUUCUGAGGUUUGUACAGAAUCAAAUAUUGGAUUUAGGGUUAACUGAAUUAAGAAUGGUUGAGAUUUUUUGUCAAUUUGUUGGCGGUGCCGUUAAGAGAGUACUGUAUGUAUAGGCAGGGUGAGAUACUGGUGUUCUUGGGUACAGUGCGUCGUUAAAUGGUUUUAUUGGCAGGACUGUUUGCAUGGGUGCCUUGGUAACCCACCGAUGUAGAAAGGGAAGGGAAGGGGAAAUUGGAGCUCUCGUCUGUGUUACCACAAUAACAUACUAUAAUGUCAGAAAAGAUUCAUUAGCAUCAUCCAAUAUUGAAAUCACAUUCUCAAGUUGAUGGUGCAAUAUUUUACUAGUUUCUGCCCCAGUUUUGAAAAAUCCGAUUAACUAUAUUAUUAUUUUUUCCUUCUUUUAGUUGGUUUCUCCUUUCCAAUUGCAGCAAAUGUGAUAUUCAAUAUUGUCAACUAAUUGCAUGUUGCAUCUGUCUAUUCAUUUCGUAUGGCUCAGUUUUAAAUACAGAGUCUGAUUUACUGCAGGAGUAGUUGUUGUUGAGCACUUGUGUCUCGGAACGGUGUACCUGCGGAGGCCAGAAGGACUAAAACAGUUGAUCUGUAUUAAUGAGAAUCCCCAAUAUUCAGCUCUUGAUCUUGAAUGUGACUGUAACCGUGACGACCUGGAUACCAACAAAGACGACAGGGAGACGAUCAAUGGAUCAGGAAGCUGCUGUGAUCUUGUGAUGUGGCGUAAAGGCACAUUGUGUUUGAGUGUUUGUCGUGUUCAUACUCAGGUUUAUUUUUAACUUGGCCUUGUACUCUGGAGCGCUGGCUGCGGCAUUGCAAGAUUAGUUGAUGUUGUGAUGUUGCAACAGUACAAGAUGGUGUGAUGCCGUGAGAUCCCAGUGUGCUUAAAGUCUGCUGUGGGAGGACGGGGGGUGUUUCCAGGGUGGUCGAUGUCAAAGUGCUCGGGCCGGCGUUUAUUUUUUCUUUCCAGUUUUUCUUUGUGUUUCAAAAAGAAGAGUAGUGGUUUAACAGUACUUAAACUCCAUUGUGCACUCCAUGACGGGUCCUUUAGUCCAAACUAACCAAUUCCCAAAUGCAUUGGUAGCCGAUUGUCAGAUCAACAUGAAUUGUAAACUCUAUGAAUUUGUACACUUUAUGAGCAAAUAGUUGGUCAGUAAACAUUGGUUGUUUCAACAGGAGGUGCAGAGCUUCCUAGCUUGUGUUGUCUGUUUAAUACGUAAGCAGUGCAGGUAUAGAGAGGCCGUCAUGUAGGAAUGCAUUUCUUUUAUGUAUAUGUUGCCAGUUCAUAUUUAUUUUCAAGGUUUUAACUUCUUUAUUAUUAAAACAAAAUUCAUAUUUAUCAACUGAAUGUGGCACUUAAAGUUUUGCUGAUAAAAUAAGUAGAAGAGACGACCUAGUUUUUGUUCAGUUUUAUUCUCACAGACUUUGCAGUUAUGCUGAAGUUGUUUAACUCUCAGUAAACUUCAUGUUGACACUGCAUGUUUUUUUUGAAGAUGAAGCUGUAUAUGUUUGCCUUUUAAUUCAAAGAUGGUGUAAAAAGACAAGCAGCUGAUAUACCAAAACUGAGUUUUAACAAUAAAGUGAAUGUCAGACAGCUGUA